AUGUCAAGGGUUUAUGUUCACCGGGGUUCUAGAUUCAUUUUUCCGGCAACAAGGGUUUCACAAGAUCUGUUUUCCGACAAGUGUUUUACCAGAUGCGUUUAUGUUCACCAGAAUCCUUUUGACCAGAGGCAUUGUUGGAGAAGGAGACUGAAAAGUUCAAGGAUGGUGAUGGUGGAGAAGGCAAAUGACCAGUGCAUUUGUGGAGGUCCGAUCGGUGAUGGUAGCGGCAGCGGCAGAGCACCGGCAAUAUCGUGGUGGUGGAUGGCGACGUUAAUCAGUGGUGACGACGACUUAAUCUCAUCUGAGAUAGAGAAUAGCAAAAUGAGAGUGAUAAUAAUACUUGGAAGCUUGUGA